AUGCUGGAGGAUCCCUCCAGUGCGGAUGACUCUGCCGGCCAGAGCAGCGGCAGCGCACCUGCUGCCGCUGCAGCAGCAGAAGCUGCCGCAGCAGAACCCGCAGCCGCUGCAGAUCCAGCAGCAGCGCCAGCAGCAGCAGCAGCAGCAGCAGCAGCAGCAGCAGGCAGUGCAGGAGAAGGCGAGCCCGCGAAGCCUCCGCUGCGUGGCCGUGCGAAGGCAAUAGCGCGUGCGAAGGCCGCUGCCGCAGCAGCAGCAGCAGCAGCUGCUGCUGCUGCUGCAGCGGGGGAAGCAGCAACUGAGGGGGGGCCCCCAGCUGCUGCUGCUGCUGCUGCUGCAGGGGCCCCCAGGGGGGCCCCCCACCCCACACUUGCAGCAGAACUGCUGACCCCUGCGGGGGCUUUGGGGGGCCGGCUGCUGCCGCUGGUGUCUCUUGGCUGCGACGAGGGGCAGCUGGAAGACGAAGUUGCUGCCUUCAUCGAGGAGUGCUGCAGCAGCAGCAGCAGCAGCAGCAGCAGCAGCAGCAGCAGCAGCAGCAGCAGGCUGCUGGUGGUGGGCAGCACCGGCACACUCGUGGGCAGACACUCCGGCCGCCGCGUGCUGCUGCCGGUGGGGGUUUGCUGCUUGCUGAGUCAAGACACGGGGCAGCUGCUGUUUGAGGAGGCGCUGCAGCAGCAGCAGCAGCAGCAGCAGGUGCAGCAGCUGCUGCAGCAGCUCCUCGGCGCCGAACGCAAGGCCUACGGCGCCACGCAACUCCCCUCGUCUUACCAGAUUGUAGACACUCUCCAGCUAGACCCAUCUGCUGCUGCUGCUGCUGCUGCUGCUGCUGCUGCUGCUGCUGCUCUUGAAGGCGCCAACCCCGAGGGCGAAGAGCUCGAGGACUCGCGGGUGCUCAUCUACAGCUUCGCCAACUCCCAGCAGCAGCACCAGCAGCACCAGCAGCACCAGCAGCAGCAGCAGCAGCAGCAGCAGCAGCAGCAGCAGCAGCAGCAGCAGCAGCAGGUGGUGCAGGUCUCGCAGCAGAUGCUGCUGGGCAAGAAGCUGAUUUACCGCCCGCGGGCCUCGCGGCACCUGCAGGUGUCUGUUUUGUCUGAGACGAGCUACGCGCUGACUCCCCUCAGCAGCAGCAGCAGCAGCAGCAGCAGCAGCAGCAGCAGCAGCAGCAACGGCAGCAGCAGCAGCAGCAACGGCGCUGGAGAGGCGUAUGAGGAGGGGCGGCUGCCCCCCGAGCUGCUGAGUGACCUGCAGCGUCUUGGGCUCAUAGGGGACACAGCAGCAGCAGCAGCAGCAGAAGAAGAAGCGCCAGCAGCAGCAGCAGCAGCAGCAGCAGUGCGCGUUUCUGAGCGCAAAGUGGUUCGCUGCGACUCGUGGCUGUUCUCCCCCUUCCUGCUGCAGCAGCAGCAGCAGCAGCAGCAGCAGCAGCGGCUGGUGCUGCCGGAGUGGGUGCUGGAGCUGCGGUGCGAAGCAGAUGAAGGAGACACAGAAAGCCACCCCGAGUUGCUGCUGCAGCAGCUGCAGCAAAGAGCAGCAGCAAGCAGCAGCGGGAGAGGAGCUGAUGUGGACUUGAGCGACGAGACGCGGCGGCUGCUGGUGCGGCUGUACGCGCCUGCAGAGUGUUUGCUGCUGCAGCGGCGGAAGCAGCAGCAGCAGCAGCAGCAGCAGCUGCUGCUGCAGCAGCCAGCGGCCUUCGACGCCCUCGUCGCGCUCUUCCUCCACAACCUCCAGGUCGCCGUCGCCGAGCCCCUCGAAGCAGCAGCAGCAGCAGCAGCAGCAGCAGCAGCAGCAGCAGCAGCAGCAGCAGGACCUGCUCUUUACUAUCCGGGGGCCCUGGGGGACCCCCAAGCUGCUGUUCAGUCUUUCUAUGAAAACAGAAUUGUCAAAGCAGCAGCAGAGUCCCCCAUUGCUGCUCUCCGGGUGUACAACAACCAAGUGCUGCUCCCCAAACCCUAA